AUGGAACUACGUGUUGGUCAUAAAUAUCGACUUGGACGAAAAAUUGGUUCAGGUUCAUUUGGUGAUAUUUAUCUUGGUACAAAUAUAGCAUCAAAUGAAGAAGUAGCUAUUAAACUUGAAUGUGUUCGAACAAAACAUCCACAAUUACAUAUUGAAUCAAAAAUUUAUCGAAUGAUGCAAGGUGGUGUUGGUAUACCAUUAAUUAAAUGGUGUGGUGCUGAAGGAGAUUAUAAUGUACUUGUUAUGGAUUUACUUGGACCUUCAUUAGAAGAUUUAUUUAAUUUUUGUUCAAGAAAAUUUUCACUUAAAACUGUUCUUUUACUUGCUGAUCAAAUGGUUAGUCGUAUUGAUUUUAUUCAUUCAAAAAAUUUUAUUCAUCGAGAUAUAAAACCUGACAAUUUUUUAAUGGGCCUUGGGAGAAAAGGCAAUCUUGUCUAUAUCAUUGAUUUUGGCCUUGCAAAAAAAUAUAGAGAUGCACGUACACAUCAACAUAUACCAUAUAGAGAAAAUAAAAAUUUAACUGGAACAGCACGUUAUGCUUCAAUUAAUACACAUCUUGGCAUUGAACAAAGUCGCCGUGAUGAUAUGGAAUCACUCGGUUAUGUGCUUAUGUAUUUUAAUCGUGGUAGUCUUCCAUGGCAAGGUUUAAAAGCAGCAACAAAACGUCAAAAAUAUGAACGUAUUAGUGAAAAAAAAAUGUCAACACCUAUUGAAGAAUUAUGUAAAGGAUUUCCUGCUGAAUUUACUACUUAUCUUUCUUAUUGUCGUUCAUUACGUUUUGAUGAUAAACCAGAUUAUUCAUAUUUACGACAAUUAUUUCGUAAUUUAUUUCAUCGACAAGGUUUUACUUAUGAUUAUGUAUUUGAUUGGAAUAUGCUCAAAUUUAGCGGUCAACGCUUUGAUACGAACAGUGCUAAUGAAGGAUCGACAAAUAAAGUUGAAACAAAUGGUUAUAAUGGUACACAACAACAAAAUACACAACAAAUAUAUACAACCAAUCAAGCUGUUUAUCGACGAACUCCAAAAGAUUUUCAUCAAAUGCAACCACCACAAUCAGCAUCGAAUAAUUCCAAACAACAAUUACCGACUAGUACUGAUGCAGGUCGAUCAUCAUCAGCACGUGCCACUAAAAAAUGA